AGCAAUGUUUGGACCGUCCCCUUGAACUUGAAAAAUCGCAUUUGCCUUAAGCCUAGAGUAUUUUUCCAUCAGAACUUGAUGGAUCUCAGUGGGUGUGUCGGCAAAGGAAUGAACAAAACGCUAUACGAAGCAGCCAAAUCAGGGAAAGAACAAGUGCUUAAUGAGAUUGGGGAGGUGCAAGGCGUUGCUAAUGAGGUAACGCCAGGGGGAAACACGGUGCUCCAUAUUGCAGCCUAUCAUGGCUCUCUGCAAUUCCUUCAAAAGUUGCUUCAACUCUCAAUUGCCAAUCCAGAGGAUGGGAUGCCAUUUUUAAGAGCUAAAAAUAUGGAGGGAAACACAGCGUUGCACGAAGGGGCGAUGGGAGGAAAUGAGCAAGUAGUGGAAGAUUUAUUGAAGUCAUGCCCAAAUUUGGUGAAUGAGAUUAACAAGGCAGGUGAAACGGCUCUCUUUAAAGCUUGUGAGGGAGGUCAUCUCAAGAUCGUUGAAAUGUUGUGUUGUCAGACUUCAAGAGAGUACUACAAGAGAUUUGAUGGACAAACGGUUUUACAUCUUGCAGUCUUGAACCUUAGAAAAGGUGUAAUUAAGAAGCUUUUAGAUGAGAGACCUGAACUUGCUAAAGAAGUAGACAAUUUCCACAGAACUCCAUUGCAUAUGGCUGCAUUAAUUCCAGCUAUUUCAAUGAAUCCCAAGAAAAUUGCCCCAAUUGGAGAUAUGCUUAUAAAAGAGGACACUCUCUCUCCUUACAAAGUGGACCAAAACAGGCAAUCUGCACUUCAUAUAGCAGCUAAGGAGGGGAAUGCACCGUUACUCAAAGUGAUAUUAAAUUACAGUAGCGACUGUCUAGAAGUGGUAGACAAUGAUGGUAGAAAUGCCUUACAUCUGGCUGUGAAAAAUGCUCCUCAAAUAUUUGAGAGAGUUGGAGGAGAUCUGAAAACUAUAAUAUGCUCAGUAAUCUCAGAAAGACUAAUUAAUUGCAUUGAUAACAAUGGGCAAACAGCAUUAGAUAUUGCACUAGAGAAUGAAGAUGAAGACCCACAACUUUAUUUGAGUAUUAAAAACUAUCUUAAGAAAUGUGGUGCUACUAGCAAGAUAUUAGAUAGAGGCUCAAUGAUAAAUUCACCAAGCAAGGUCAGAAAAACAGAAUGGAAACCAGAGUUCAUAUCUGUAACUGCAGUUCUAAUUGCAACAGUUGCUUUUGCUGCUGCUUUCACUUUGCCAGGAGGUAUUGAUACUCAAGAUCAAGGUCAAGGAAUCCCUCUAUUAAUAAACACUAUUCUCUUCAAGGUGUUUGUGAUACUUGACACAAUGGCCUUCUGUUCUUCUAUUGCUUCUGCAAUCCUCCUUACAUUUGCAUUUUAUGCUAGCCAAGUAGAAGAUCCAGCACUAACUGAAAUCAGUUUGUAUGUGUUAUGGAUAGCAUUGGUAUCAUUAUUGUUAACAUUUGGUGCAGCAAUACAUCUGGUUGUGGCAUCUAAGUGUUUGUGGUUGGCUGUGCUUGUGUGGGUUAUGGUGUGUAUUCUUCCUAUGUGCAUAAGGGUUUUGUCACUAGGAGGAAAGCUGUACUUGUUCACUCCACGUAAGCACUAUAUCAAGUUUUUGGUAUGGGGAUUCUCUCUUGCAUCUGGCCAUGUCAAAAGUGGUUCAAAUAUAUGAAAGAUUUGGAAGAGUUUAUCUAAAAACCAUAAUAUUCUUAGUAAUGUAAAAAAGGC